AUGCAGGCCCCAAACCCUGCGACCGUGACGAAUGCCACUCCUGCGAAUGAGAACGCAGCAGUUGCAGGCGCGGACAGCCAUGACGAGGGUAUUGCAGUUGAUGAGGACCAAAACUCACUGGCAGAUACAGAAAGUGUCCGGACUACUUCCACAGCAUCUAUAAGCGAAAGCAUCACAGAGUACCGUCGCAUCCACGGCCGAACUUUCUCCCAGAAGACGGAUUAUUGGGGUCCCAAUGACGAGAAGCAGAAUGAAGCGCUGGAAAUUGCUGUCUUGCCUACCUUAAGACAUUACUGGGAGAUUUUGUUCUUUGAUGACAAACUGUUCCUAGCACCUCUUGCCCAAGACCCGCAAAACGUCCUUGAUGUCGGAACCGGCACGGGUAUCUGGGCCAUCGAUUUCGCCGACGAGUUCCCAUCUGCGCAAGUCACUGGUGUCGACAUCUCACCCAUUCAGCCCGGCUGGGUUCCUCCAAACUGCAAGUUCCAGGUCGACGACAUUGAGCAGCCGUGGACAUGGUCGAAAGACUUUGACUUCAUUCACAUUCGCCAUCUUGAGGCCAGCAUUGCGGAUUGGCCAGCCUUGUACAAGCAAGCAUUCGACCAUCUGACCCCUGGAGGCUAUGUCGAGAUCAAGGAGUUUGACAUCACUACGCGAUCACAAUUCUACGGUGACGAUAUUCCCAAAGAUCAUAUUUUCCAUCGAUGGGCAAAGAUCUUUUUCGAAGCCACUGAUAAGCUCGGCAAGACGCUGACCCAGACCCACAAUCACGGUAUUGCCAGAGCUCUCGAAGCAGUCGGCUAUGUCGACAUCGUGGAGAAGAGAUACUCCAUCCCCAUUGGUUCUUGGCCCAAAGAUCCAAAGAUGAAGGAGGUCGGGGAGUGCAAUUGGCUAUACAAUGAUCAGUCUCUUGAGGGAUUCGCCCUCUUCUUACUCAAGGAAAUUAUGGGAUGGGAGUAUGCCGAAAUCAUCGUCUUUGUUGCUGAGAUGCGUCAGGCUCUCAAAGACCCCAAGCUCCAGGCAUUUUUCCACCUCCAUCUUGUUUAUGCCCGGAAACCUGAGACGGAGGGAGAACCUCAGGUCGAAAGCUGA